AUGGCUAAACGUUAUUCAGACCAUGAAGUAAAUGAAAUGUUAUUUGAAGAUUUACCGUCAGAUGACGAAAGUUUAUCGUCUAUUGAUGAUACCGAUGACGACGAAACAUAUGUUCCCGAACCUAAUAAUAAUACAUUAUUAGUUACCGACCCCGAUUCAGACAGUGAUGAAAAUGUAGAGAUUUUAAACAUAGAAGAAAAUGUUACUUAUAUUCUCCCAAGUCCGCAAAAAAAUCGUUCGUCAAAUCGUCGAAAAAUUCCAAAUAAAUUCACACCAAAUGCUUUCCCUAACUGUCGUGGUCGUGAACUUUUUCCUAGUAUUGAAAAUUAUCAAAUAAACGAUGAACUUGCUGUACCUUUACUAACACAAAAUAUGUCAAGGGAAGUACAAACUUUUGACUCAAAUUCAAAUUUUCAAGACGAGUUUAUGGAACCUGUUUGGUCGUCUAAUGAAAAUAUAAAUAUUGAAAUUUCUUCGUUUGAUUGUUUGGAAGGACCUACAAAUAUUGUAGAAACCUUAUCUGAAAUAACUCCAUUUUCAGUUUUUAAACUUUUACUGACAGAUGAAGUUAUUUCGUAUAUUACCUUUCACACUAAUUUGUAUGCAAAUCAAAAUUACAUGCGAAAUGGAAAAUCAUACACGGAAACAAAUAAUAACGAAAUAAAUGCAUUUAUUGGAUUAAAUCUAUUAAUGGGGAUUAAAAAACAAUGUAGUUAUAGAGACUAUUGGUCAUCCGCCCCAGAUUUACAUGAUACAUAUAUAAGUAGUAUUAUGCCAUUAAAUCGUUUUAGUUGGAUACUGUCUCAUUUGCAUUUGAACGAUAAUUCGGUUAUUCCAAAAAGAGGUGAAGUAAAUUUUGACAAGUUGUAUAAAGUAAGACCAUACCUAAAUUUUAUUUUAAAAAAUAGUCAGGCAUUGUAUAAUCCUAAUCGAAUAGUGGCUAUUGAUGAAUCGAUGAUUAAAUUUAAAGGUCGUAAUUCAUGUAAACAAUAUAUGCCUAAAAAGCCCAUAAAAAGAGGUUACAAAGUAUGGGCUUUAGCUGACAAGCAUGGGUACUUAUGGAACUUCGAUGUGUACACAGGGAAAUCUGGUGACAUAACUGAAAAAAACUUGGGUGCUCGAGUGGUUAAACAUUUAAAACAUUUGCCUAAGUUCAAAGAUGAUAAAUUGUUUAAACAAGGAGAUUACGAUUGGCGUAUUGAUCAAUUUUCAACAUCAAUCAUCAAAUGGAAAGACAAACGUAUGGUAAGUCUUUUAUCAAAUUUUCAUAACCCAAGAGAUACCGAAAAUGUGCAAAGGCGAGCUAAAGAUGGAACAGUUUCAAUAAUACCAUGUCCAAAAGUUUUGAAAGAUUAUAAUCAAAAUAUGAACUGCGUGGAUAAACUGGAUCAAAAUAAAAAAUCAUACUCGAAAAAUCCGAUCAUCAGCCAAAAUUGUCGACUAGAAGGAGAUGUACUCGAUGUAGCACAAAACAAAAAGAAGUUAGAACAGAGUGGAUUUGUUCAAUAUGUGAAAUUCCCCUUUGUAUUACAAAAUCUAGAAAUUGUUUUUCAGAUCAUCAUAAUGCGUAAAAAAUGGUAA